CCUAAGAAAUAAGACAGUCAACAUGACGUUCGAUACAAGUCUACCCCAGAAGUUGAGUGUUUUUAGUGCUCGGUACCGAUGGCAACUUAUUGCCACUAUGACGGUGCACAUAAUGACGCUGACCCAUGGAAUUGGCGUGGGAUGGUUGUCACCCACUCUGCGACUCCUCGGAUCUGAUAAAAGUCCCCUGGGAGACCCUCUUACCAUCACCCAGGCAUCCUGGAUUGGAUCUCUUAUCGGCCUUGGCUCGCUGACUGGCAAUAUAAUCUUUGGGCUGCUACUCGAUCGUUUGGGCCGUAAACUGUGCAUGUAUUUCCUGGCCAUACCCAAUAUGAUCUACUGGAUCCUUAUCUUUGCCGCCCAAGACGUUACGUAUCUAUAUGCUGGACGAUUUCUGGCGGGGAUGUCGGGAGGCGGCUGCUAUGUCGUCUUGCCCAUAUUCAUUUCGGAAAUAGCCGAUAAUAGCGUUCGCGGAGCUUUGUCGUCCAUGGCCAUGAUGUACGUUGCCAUCGGCAUGAUGGUGGGCUUCUCAUUGGCCUCAUAUCUCUCGUACUAUCUGAUGCCGUGCAUUAUCGUCGCCCUGCCGGUGGUGUUUAUGCUGGCAAUCAGCCGCUUAUCGGAGACGCCACAGUAUUUGCUGAGGCGCGGCCGCGAUGACCAGGCCGAGAAGUCCUUCUACUUCUACAAGAACCUGACGCCCCCCACUUCAUCCGACAGGGAGGCUUCUAGGCAUGACGUGGCCAAAAUGGAGUUCGACACUUUCCGGCUUCAGGUUUUAAGUGGCGGCGUCACCGAGAGCAUUUCUUGGCGAGAUUUUGUCAACGUACCCGCUAUAAAGAUAUUCGGCCUGAUCUUUGUGCUGAUCGUCUGCAACCAGCUGUCAGGGAGCUUUGCCCUCUUCAACUACACCUCGCACAUCUUCGCCGAGCUGGGCAACAACAUGGACCCCAACACCUGCACCAUUGUGGUGGGCGCUGCCCAGUUGGUGGGCAUCUUCAGUGCCGUGGCCCUGGUGGAUCGCCUGGGACGUCGUAUCCUGCUGCUCACCUCGAUGGGGGGCAUGGGCUUGGGGGAGCUGGCCAUUGCUCUGCUGAAGUGUUUCGCCUCCGCGGAGUUCCUGGAUCAGAAUGGCUGGCUGCCCUUGGUCAUUAUGUGCCUUGUGGCCGCUAUUGCGUCGCUGGGCGUCAUUCCUCUGAUCUUCAUCAUCAUUAUUGAGUUGCUGCCGGCCAAGAUUCGCUCUAUCGGCACCUCCCUGAGCAUGGCCACUUUCAGUGCAUUUAUAUUUGUGGCUCUGAAAAUCUAUCCCAUCAUGAUCUACGAUCAGGGCCUGGCCGCCACCAUGUUCAUGUCGGCGGGAAUGUGCCUCUUUGGAUUCAUUGUCUUGGGACUGUUUCUGCCGGAGACCAAAGGAAAGCUGAUGACGCACUGAUGACAUCAACUUUGAGCCCAACGGCCACGCCAGAUUGUUGCUUUUGUUGCCUUUGCGAUGCGAGCCCAUUGCAUAAGCUGCUGGAUCCACAAUACUCCCAUGUCAAGAGUACUCACUCAAUAGUUUCUGGCACAAUGGCAGCAACGGCUCAUCCUGAACUCUUGAACUUUAUUCAAUUUCCUACCAUUGCGGUUUGUCCUACGUUACUUCUGUAAAGAGAAAUUUAAUUUAGUUUUGUUAGGAGAAAGUCUCGGGGCUGUGAUCUUGUGAUUGAUUAGCGCGAAAUAGUUUAUAAAUAGACCUAUGUAGUUACUCGUAGCUUUUAUUUACUUAAGUGUAUUAGGAUGCGAUUGUAAACUUUCUUGCUGAGUGAAAUAAAAUUUUAGUGUUCUUUAAACCAUG